AUGUCUACUAUAGCAUCUCCCCGCGUCAGCACCUCGGUCCGCUCUCCUUCAUCCACCCGCACCUCCUUCGACGCCACCCGACCCAUACCUACGAACACCCGCCGAAAUCGUGCCGCCCUUCGCGAUUACUACGGGCUAAAAGCUGGCAAAGACGCUGAGUCCAAAAUCUCUGAAGAAUCUACCCGGGUAGCUGUUUCCACCGAGGACGAGGAAUCCCUAACCGAGCUGGAUAAGGAAGGAUUCAACGCCGAGGCCUUCGUUAGCAACGUCCUGACUACAUCCGGGCUAUCGGGGGUGCUGAAAGUAGAAGCUGAUUUGGUGUCUCAGAUACGAAAUUUAGAUAGCGACCGCAAGUCCCUCGUCUACGACAACUACUCCAAACUCCUCUCCGCAACUUCCACCAUCCGCCGCAUGCGCACGAAUAUGGACCCCUUGGCCCCGACUACCCAUACUCUAUCUCCUGCGAUAUCACACAUUGCCGAAACGGCGGCUUCCUUGUCUUCCUCAAUGCAGAGUAUGCCGGAACGCCCCAAGGGUCUGGGCUUGGAUGUACGGGUGGAAAUGGUGCAUGAUGAUCACGAGCCGACGCGAAGCAGCAAAGAGAAGGACACCGUGCGGUGGGUUCUUGAUACCCCGCGCAGGCUGAGGGAAUUGGUCCAUACCGAGAGCACUGAGGAGGCCGGGAGGGAGUGGGAAGACGUCAGCAGGAUCCUUGACAAGUGGAAGGGUGUCCCUGGCGUGGAAGAGCUGAGAAGGCAAUGUGAAACAGUGCUCGAGGAUGCGCACGAGGAAGACAGUGAAGACGAUGAAGAAUGA